CCAGGAUAGUUUUAUGAAAUAAGAUUUUUUCCGCCACGUGUAAGCUCAAAAUCCACACACCCAUUUUAACCGUCACAAGCCAGCGACGGGCGCAAGUUCCAACCGUUGCUCUCCUGCCAUGGCGGCUCCUCUCUCCGCAACGACGCCGUACGGCGUCGCUUCAGCAAAUGUGAAAGCUCACAUCCACCUCUCAUACGACCUCGUGUGCUCGAAGCCGUCGUUGAAUCUCCAUCACUGCCCUAAAUUUCAGCUUACCCAUUUUCCCCAAGCCAAAUUUUCCUUGAAAUGUAAUUUACGGGUACAGACACCUCCAUCCGCCAUCUCCGGUGCUCCAGGUGCCGAGAGUUCAGCCGGAACUGAGGAUACCACGUACUCGCUGGAUAACGCGCAAGUGGUUGACUUGAAUGGAAAUGGAAUUCCAAUAUCUGAUUUGUGGAAAGAUAGGAAAGCUGUGGUUGCAUUUGCCCGUCAUUUUGGAUGCGUACUAUGCCGAAAACGAGCUGAUUACCUUGCAGCUGAGAAGGAUAAGAUGGAUGCUGCUGGGGUGGCGCUUGUUUUAAUUGGGCCCGGUAGUGUUGAUCAGGCAAAGAAAUUCUUCGAACAGACAAAAUUUAAAGGAGAGAUAUAUGCGGACCCUAGCUAUGCGUCAUAUAAGGCACUGAAUUUUGUAUCUGGUGUUACCACCACAGUUACUGCCGGGGCUGGCUUGAAGAUAAUUGAGGCAUAUGUUGAAGGAUAUCGGCAAGACUGGGCGCUAUCUUUUGAGAAGGAUACCCGGACAAGAGGUGGCUGGACAAAGAAGCAGGUGACGACCCAGAUGUACAAGAUAUCUUGAAGGCUUGCUGUUUGCAAGGUAAAUGAAAAGCAGUCUCGAGGUUUUGUAUAAUUUCCUGUUGUAUAUAUAUGUCGGUAUAUAUAAACGUAUAUACACAACAUAUCGAAACUUGUGGAUCUUGCAUUUGUAACUGGUUAGUUGAAUAAAAUGUAAUAUUCAGCUGCAACCAAAGUCUAGUUAAGCUUUGUGUGAGGCAUGUUACUAUGGGAUAUGUUCUAUAUGAGGUGCCAACUUUGUUUAAUAAAUUUUGGAACUUUUAAAAGCUAUGAAUAAUUAGUGACUUUACAAGUAUCCAUAUCUAUAUAUGCAAAAAGAUUUAAUAAAAAUGUGAUAUAUUUUCUGGCCAGUUUGUUUUGUAUGGAAAGGG